GUGUGCAUAUAAUCAAUCAAGAGAGAGGACUUCUUAAUUUAUCUCUGUGCAUAAAAUAAGGAAUAAGGAAAUUUUGGGUUGAUAGUAUAAUAUCCCUUCCCCUCCUAAUUUAUCAAUGUUAUGUAAACAUACCCUUAAAAAAAUAGUAACCAUCAAACCGCACAUUAUGUCAAAAUAUGAGUAUAAAAAGUAACCCAUCCCAUUGUGCCCUUUGUUUAAGUAAAAACAAAUGGAAUCGUUAUACAAGGCUCUCAACAAAAUAUUUGGUCACGUUGAAGAAGAAGCACCACCUCAACCCGUCAACACUCGUUUACAAAAUCGUAGUAAUGAAAUGGCCGCUAUCCAUAGCUCUGAGUUAGUCACCUACCCUUUGUUUAAUAAUUUUGAUGAUCUGGAUAACUUCUUACGUCUUCAAUUCAACACUGGUGCUCUUGCUCCUGGUGGGAUUUUAAGAGACAUCGGAAGAGCCAAAGAGCAUAACGGGCUCAUCACACUCGAAACCAAAAUCGCACAAUGCGAAGCACAAGCCUCCAAAAAAGAAGCCGAUGCGUCUUGGCUUGAAAGAGAAGCUGUCAAAAAAGAGAUCAAAUUCAAAAGUUACAGAUUACAAGCUUCAUCGCAUCCAGAUAUUGUAGCUGAAACCAGUUUGCUCAUGACCGAAAUCAACAAUUUAAAAGCAGAAGCCAGGCUCGCUCGUGAUGAGGCUCAGAAUAUCAGAGAUCUUACCCGUUACGAUGUAGAAGAUUACUUUGCUGAAAAAUAUAGACGAGAACUUACGGUUAAUAAUGAUUUUGAUAAGACAGCUACAACGGUUUCUAAAGAUGCGGAGCUUACCGUUGCGUAUGAAGAAGAUGGCGAAACAUAUUAUAUCAUCUAGUCUAAUCUGUUUCUGUUCUUCUUCUUAUAUCUAGUUAUCUGCCUUUGAAGACGCUCUAAGUUUUUUUUUUUCUUAAACAUCUCAUGCUGGCAGAUUUUGUCAUUGCCAGUUAUACGCACGUACUAGUAAAAUGUAGACAAUAAAUAAAAUGGCAUUCGCCAAAAUAA